AUGGCUUGUGAUGCAACAUUUCCCUCUACUAUUACUUGCAUCACCCUCUUCUUUUCUUUGCUCUUAGCUUUUCACUUUAUUAUGGCUGUCCAAGAACACACUUUAACACCUUCUACAAAAGAUGAUAGGAGCAACAAUAUGGUAGCAACUUCAACAAACGAAAGAAAUACACAAAAUUUCAAGACCAAUAUUCCUGAUCUACAAAAGGGUCACCCUAAGGGAAGAAAACACUCUAGAGCUUCAAGGCCUUCAUUUCAAUGGAAAAACAAGAUCUUCAAUGAUAGUGAACAUGAAGUUCCUAGUGGUCCAAACCCCAUUUCAAACAGGUAA